AUGGACGGCUUGAAUGAGCUUACUUUACCACUUGACGGCAUGUCGGCUGCUGCCAAUAUUCAGGCUCUUGACGACUCGCUGAAUCAGCAUCGUCCACACAUGCUCUAUCAGACUCAAGGCCAUCGAUUGACUACAGAAGAGCGUUCUCGUCGAAUGUCGAACCUUGAGCUGAGUAGCCGCAUACCUGCUUUCCAGUCUCCUUCAGCAGUCCCCAACAUUGCUCAGCUCCUCCCACAGCAACUGCUGGGGUCGAACGACCUUUUGCCGUCAUAUGUUCGAGCUGUCGGGCCCAACAUAAUGGGCGAAGAUCUCAGCUAUCUGCAACGAAUAGGCGCUUUCAGCAUCCCGGAGACCGCUCUUCGAAACGAGCUUCUGCGUUGCUAUGUACAAUACGUACAUCCGAACUUGCCACUUCUGGACUUGAAAGACUUCCUCUCAGCUAUUCAUAAGAACGAUGUGUCGGAUACAGUCAGCCUCUUGCUACUUCAGGCAGUCAUGUUCGCCGGCACCGGGUUCAUUGAUAUGCGGUACCUGGUCGCGCAAGGUUAUGAUACUCGGAAAGCUGCACGACGAGCAUACUUCCAAAAGUGCAAAGCACUGUUCGAUUUUGACUAUGAGCUUGAUCGCUCCGUCAUUGUGCAGGCUGUCCUUCUGAUGACCUACUGGUAUGAAGCUCCAGAUGACCCAAAGGACAUUUGGCAUUGGCUUGGUAUUGCCAUUUCUACCGCCCGAACAAUCGGUAUGAAUUGCGAUACUUCUGGUGCUGACAUGCCUGUCAAGACUCGCAAUCUAUGGAAGCGGCUCUGGUGGUGCUGCUUCAUGCGGGAUCGCUUGAUCUCUUUGGGCAUGAGACGACCUCUGCGGAUCAACGAGAACGAAUCCGAUCUUCCCAUGCUCGCGCUGGAAGAUUUCGAGACAGAGGCUAUGUCCUUGGAGCUCAGUCGAAUGCUCGGAGGUUGUCCUGUUGUUCGGGAUGAAUCGAAGCGCAUCACUCUGGCAAAGAUGUGCGUCGCGCUAUGCAAGCUAUGCGUCAUGGUAUCGCCUAUCUUUGACCUACAAUACUCCCUCAGUGCCGCUAAGCUGGGCCUAACACAGGAGACAACACUUCGACUUGGUCCGAAAACAACAGCUGCUGAUGCCGGCGAGGUCAUGCGAUUGGACGACGAGCUCACUAAUUGGUUCAGCGAUCAGGACGUGGACUUGCACUACUUCGUGCCAGAAACACAGGAUCGGACGAAUUCGAACGAUGGAGAAGUGAUCGGUCUGCAUCGUGCCUUAUUGUCUGGAGUGUAUCUGACUCUCAUCUCUGCCCUCCACCGCCCGCAGAUCCUGCCAACCGUACCGACCACGUUCAUUUCACCAGAUCUGCAGGAUGUAUCGCGCCGCAAGAUGCGAUCUGCAGCAGACGAUAUCACCGAGAUCUACAAGGAUCUGUACGCGGCUGACAUGAUCCGCUACCUACCAAACACGGGUGUUUCAGUUCUACUCCCGGCAAUCAUUGUUCACAUGCUAGACCUCAAAUCCACCGACUCUGGUGUGAAGCAAGCCAGUGCUCGCAAAUUCCAGUUCUGCAUGCAGGCACUCCAAAGGCUUCGCGAGAUGUACGCUUCGGCCGACUUUGCCUUCUCAUUCCUCGACGCCGCUGUGCGCCGUGCGGACGUCAAUGUCCCACAAGGGCCCCCGAAAGUGGCCGCAGCUGCCACGGAAGAUAAGCUUGCACAGAUGCAGGGCGGCGCUUGGACGGCCAAGAACAUUCUCUUUGCUUCAACCAUCUCCCCUGAAGAACGCAAGCUGUUCUCGGCGUUCACACCACCCGAGUCGGAUUCUUCUCUACACUCGGUCAUGACAGGUGGUGCAGCGAUCGCAUUGACUGAUCUACCUCUAUCCGACCACAGCGACAGCGGAGAUGGCAGCCAAGAGAGUGCUGAAGAGGCCGAAGCGCGACAAAUGGAAGAACAAGCUCUUCACGACUUUGACACCCUGAUCAACAUGGAGGGCGGUAACGACAGCAUGUUUGGAGAAGACGAUCAUCAGCGCAAUGAGAUUUACGACGCCAUGAAUGAUGCUUGGUUGAAUGGUAUGAAUGAUGACAUGCAAUCAAAAGUGGGGAGAGAGGCGCAUCUUGCACUUCAUUCAGCCGACGAUCUGGGUGACAACGAUUCUAAAAGUUUGGGAUUCAUGGAACAGGGCAAAAGCGAUAUGGCUGAUGCAAUGAGUGCGUACCAGGAGGUCAAGGAGAUGGAGACGGACCUUGAUGCUGGAACUGAAUCGUUCUUGCUCCAACUGGCAAAUCGAAGGCGUCGCUGCCUUCUUGAACACAGCUUAGAAGCCUGGUGA